AAAAUUGUAAUUUUAAAAAUAUCAUAAAUUAACCGAAUCAGUUUCCAAACAGAUUUCUUAGUGUAAACAUUGAUUUUUGGUGAAUCUCUUGAAAAUGGGUUAUGGCUUUAGGAUAACCUUAACGAUAGUUUUUUUAGUUAAGCUAUUAAGCUUUACGGAAGGCUUCUAUCGUCAUCCAGAUGCAGAGAUGGUACCUAGCAACGAUAAUGAUGGCGUUAAUUUUCAUGAGCAAAUGAUUUUGGAAGCUGCCGUUAGACGAGGAAUGGAUCCGGAAGCAGUUUUAACUGUUCUGCGUACUGGACAACCUGUGACUAAAAAACAAACGGAUCCGAAUGGCACCACAAAGACAACGACUUACUCUCUUGGUCCUGACGGCACUAUAAACAGCAAAACUCAUAUACAGUAUGUAUCGAGACACCGCGCCCGACCUAUGCCUAUUCCUUCCCACACUAACCCGUGGCUACAAAACCCAAGAGCGCAUCCGCCGGGUAGAACCCAUGUUCAGACAUUCAUAGGACCUAAUGGUGAAAGGGGUAUUGUAAGAAGUUGGUCUUCUGGGCCGGAACCAAUACCGGAACCGGAGCCAGAAGUACCUGAAACACCUACACACCCGGAAGAAAACUACUGGCCUAAUUUCAAUUUUGGCCCCGAAACUAAACCUUGGGAGCCUACUCCUGAAGAGGAAGAUCCUGAAUGGAAAAUUUUUGACGAUGAUUUUGAAGAGCAGACCACAACCCCAAACCAAGUUAAACCUACAACCAUGAAAACUUGGAGUUGGCCUGAUUUAAAGCAUAUGCCACGCACAACUACACCAAGUAGCACAACAACCACAACAUCAACAACAACAACAACGACAUCAACUACGACAUCGAAACCAAAAAUUGAGAAAACUACUCCGAAGUUACCAAGCUUAGAGGAGUUUUUAGAACAACAAUAUGGUUCGAAAGCAACCACCACAUCUACAGCGACCCCAGCAGAACCUCUAACCACCACAUCAAAAAAUAAGGAAGAAGAAGAGACGGAAGAAACUACACCACAACCAACGACCGCUGAUCCCAUAACUACUACUUGCAAACCAGAAACAGAAGAUGAUGGAAAAGAGAAGUUUGGAAGCGAAAAACCUCCCAAGAAUCCUACAACAUCUGAGAGUGUUACGCCAGCGUUCGCAAAAGAUAAUCCGGAAACCACGACCGAAAAGCCCGUACAAAACAUAAAUGUCAACGAUCUCCCCGUCAAUGAAAUUCUUUUCAAUGGUCAGCCUAUAGACGAAAGCUUUCUUAAGGCAUUACCGCCAGAGUUAAGACCCCAACCAUUACCUGGACGAACCGUAUCAAUUGAAUAUAUUCCGCAGACUCUAAGAUCAGCACUGCAAACCGAUCCUGAACUAUUGAUGAAACUAAAAAGAGCCGGAAUUAAUCCUGAAGGUGUAAUUCACGUUGAAGGUAAUAUUAUAACCAAUAUGGCAAUUCAACCAACGGGUCGGGCAAUAGUCACCACAAGCAGAUUACGUCCUGAUCCUCCCUAUAGAGAUACACAUACCUACGACUUUUUUGUACCGUCGUUAUCUCGACCUUACAUUUAUUCUCGCCUACAACCCACUUAUUUAACACGACCAAAUAGUAUCGAACAAUUUUUAACUAAAUUCGAUUUAUCUAAAUCCUUAAUUUACGCUAACAGCGGUAAAAUGGUAAAAAAAUACAUAGAUGAUGAGGGUUGUGUACUAACGGCAACUUUUGCUUUAAGCCAGCCAAGGGUAUUUGAUGGCUAUAAUCCAGGGCCUUACGAUGAAGCGAUUCCUAAGGAGCCGAUUAAAUAAAUUGACUUCCAAAAGUUUCUUCUUGAAAAAAUGUGAUAAACGAAACCUAAAACGAAAGCAUUUGUUAAUUGCAGAAAAGAAUCAAAAUUUUGGCAAUAAAACAACAAUAAAAAUCUUUUUUAUUUUUAAA